GUGCAAGCGUUUAAUGAUACAGAUUAAAGAUGUCUGCGCCCUAGGAAAUUGCCGGCUUGUAAAUACAAAAAUGGACUUGCAAAUAUGAUUAAAUUUUGUAAUGGUCCUUGAAAAAUAAAAACAAAUUUGAACAACCAAUGUAAAAUGGGGCUGUCUGAUAUCAUUUCUUCUCUUCAAGGCAACCCCUACUUUGGGGCAGGCUUUGGUUUAUUUGGACUGGGAAUGACAGCAGCAGUGGGUCGCAAGGCUCUUCAGGUAGGCAUGAUAGCCUUCAGGCGCCAUUUUAUGAUCACAUUAGAAGUGCCAAGCAGAGACAAAAGUUACCAAUGGUUAUUACAGUGGAUAAGUGAAAAGGGAACAAAGACCCAACAUUUAAGUGUUGAAACCUCGUUCCACCAGUCUAAUGCUGGUAAAAUAUCAACAAAGUAUGACUUUAUACCUAGUCCUGGUAGUCACUUUUUCUUUUACAAAGGUCACUACAUACGGGUGGAAAGAAAUAGGGAAAAACAGAUGUUUGACUUCAACAAAUCUGCUCCGUUUGAGACAGUGACAUUGACAGCAUUAGGUAGAGACAGAGGGAUAUAUUUUAAUAUUUUAGAGGAAGCCAGGCACAUGGCCCUUCAAAAGCAGGAGGGGCGGACAGUAAUGUACACAGCUGUUGGCCCUGAGUGGAGACCCUUUGGGUAUCCUAGAAGAAAGCGGCCAUUGAACUCUGUUGUAUUAGACAAGCAAGUGUCUGACAGAAUAAUGAAAGAUAUUACUGAGUUCAUUGAUAAUCCCACUUGGUAUAUGGAUAGAGGAAUUCCUUAUAGAAGAGGAUAUUUGCUACAUGGACCACCAGGAUGUGGUAAAAGCAGCUAUAUCAAUGCACUUGCAGGCAGCCUUGACUACAGUAUAUGCGUUCUAAACCUCUCUGAGCGUGGCCUAUCAGAUGACAGAUUGAAUCAUCUUCUGACUGUCGCCCCGGAACAGAGUAUCAUUCUUCUUGAAGAUGUUGACUCUGCUUUUGUAAGCAGAGAAAUCAGCUCAGAAAAUUCUGUGGCCUAUCAGGGUAUGAGCCGCCUCACGCUGUCGGGACUUCUCAAUGCCUUGGAUGGAGUGGCAUCAGCUGAGGCCCGCAUCAUCUUCAUGACAACCAAUUAUGUGGACAGACUUGAUCCAGCCUUAAUACGACCUGGUCGUAUAGACGUGAAGGAGAAGAUUGACUAUGCUACCGACUACCAGCUACAACAGAUGUUCACGAGGUUCUACCCCAGCGAGGCUCCUGAACGAGCACAGGUGUUCUCUCACACUGCACGGACGCACAACACUAACAUUAGUCUAGCCCAAGUGCAGGGACUGUUUUUGAAAUUCAAAUCGGACCCAGACUUGGUGUUUCAAAACAUAGACAAGUUGAAGUCUAUGUAGUUUGAAUAAGAUAUUUAUUCAACAUAUGCAAAUCAUAAUAAUGGUGUAUUGUUUAUAUGAAAAUAAAGAAAAAUUACGGUU